AUGACCUUGCAAUCCAAGAAUGGCUUCACGGUUAACUAUCAUCCUCCCAAAAAGUCUCCCGUUUCAUACUAUUCUACACUUCCACCUGGGAUUCCUCUGGAGUCUUUGCCUAGUUAUCAGCCUGAGCAUUGCUAUUCACUUAGGAUUGGAGAUGUAUACCUGGCCAGGUACCAGGUCUCAGGAAAGAUUGAUUCAUUCAAUAUCCGAGGACCUGCUGGAAAUCCCCGCUGUUUAGUACUACAACCAAUGCAGGAGUCACUCCUUGAGAUGAUGAAACUGAACCCAAAGCUUUUUAACUUACCGCUCCUUAAAAUGACUGUCAAGCGACUACUAUUGGCCCUUGACUUCUUGCAUACUAAAGCCGGGAAAUCCUUACUGAUACAUGAAUCAUAUACUAUUUACCAAAGUAGAAGAUUCCGUCGGCCGGCUGGAGGCAGAAGCUAUGGACUCCCUAUGCUGUGUGCUUUUAGCGAGGCACAAAUUAGACAAAGACAGCAGACUGGACCAUUUGUCCAGCCACAUAUUUAUAGGGCAGCGGAAAUCAUAUUUGAGAUGCCGUGGGGGAGUUCUGUCGAUAUUUGGAACCUGGCAGGCUUGGGCCAUGACCUGUUCAAACACCGGGCGCUUAUGGUUUCUCUGAUUAGGACACCGCCAGGAAAAUUUGUUGGACGUAGUGAGAUGACGGAGCAAUGUUUUGACUUCAGCGGUAGUCAUACCGUUGGUCUCGCUGAGAGCUUACAGAGGCGACUGUCCGGGCAAGCGAAAGGGCUGUUUAUCCAGUUUUUGAGGUCAAUGCUCAAAAGGCAUGACAAACCAGCCAUCAUGCAUUGA